GACAGUGCGGGGGUGUCUGCUAGGCCAGCCCUUCCCAGAAAAGGGCUUACAGGAUUAAUGAUUCUAGACUGUGUCUUCCUCAGGAGGAAAAACCUAUGUACUUACUUCCUUAUGGUGUCUGAGAAAUGAAAUAACCUCUAAAAGGAACUUUGCACUUUUUACUGCGCUGCUGCAGAGAGAACAUUGAUUGAAAGGCACAGGCAGGUUCGGGAAGAAAUGCACUCGCUGGAGGCCGGGUCAGGUUUUAUCUUUCCAAACCCGGUGUGCAGGAGCCUUGGUGCGAGACAGACCUGCAUGUGAACAGAUUAACAAAAGGAUCCUUGAGUGACUGCAAAUGUAGGAAGGGUGUAACACCCUGGAGUGAAGAAUCUGUACCGGCAUGUCUGCCUACUACAGAAAUAACAGCUACGAGAGGCACACAGAUUACCCAGACUAUUCAAGGUCUCAGGACCAUAAGAAGGAGUAUUUGAAAACUCAGGAUUAUCCAGACUUUCCAGGUUCUCUGAACAAUCCAGACUAUCCCCGCACUGGGAGCAAUGCACACUCUGCAGGCUCCAGAACAAAUCUAGACUUUCCUAAGUCUGUAGUGGAACAAGAUUAUCCUGGAUCUCCAAAUUCUACAGAUUAUCCCCACCCCAGGAAUAAUCCCUAUUCUGAAGAUUCCAAGACAAGUCCAGACUAUCACAGAUCUCUGCCAGAGUUUGAUUAUAUUGAAUUCCAGGGCAAUCCACACCACUUGAGCUCACUCAGAGAGCCAGAUUCUUCUGGAUCUCUAAGAAAUCCUGAUUUUGCAGAGUCCAGAAUCAGUGGAAACUACGCAGAUGCCAGAACAAAGCUAGAUCAUUUUGGAUCCUUGGGAGAAGCAGACUAUCCUGGAGCUAAAGGCAACCCUAACCACCCUGGCCACAGAGCCAAUUCUAACCAUCCAGGCUCUAGAAGGAAUCUAGGUUUUUCUAGUUCCAGAAUCAGUCCAUACACAGACUCUCUGGGACAGCCUGAUUAUCCAGGUGCUGAGAAUCAAGCCAACUCUCUCCACUUUUUGGGGGAACCAGACUAUCCUGGUGCUGCAGACCAUCAGAAUUCUCCAGAUAUUUGGGGGGAACCUGAUUACCCAGGUGCUAAGGAUGGUCAUGGUUAUAGCUCUUCUGACACCUGGAAAAUGACCAGGGGGGGUAAUGGCCCCUUGGGCAUCCUUGGAGGCGAGACUGAAGAUUACCCUGAAAGCAUUGAAAUGACAUCAGUGAAGAUGGCAAAUCCAUAUGGCCAUUCUUUACCAGGUGCUCCUGGAAAUGGCUACGUGAACCCUGCUUUUGUGGGUGAAAAUAGCCAUGGCAAUGGAAACCUACUAUUGUCCAAAUGUGAUUGGCACAAGUCACCCCAAGGGCAAAAGUUAAUCACAUCCUUGAUACCCAUGACAUCUAGAGAGAGGAUUAAAACCAUCAGGAACCAGCCAAGGACCAUGGAGGAGAAAAGAAAGCUUAGGAACAUAGUUGACAAAGAGAAAAGUAAACAGUCCCAUCACACACUCCAGCUCAAGUGUUGUGCUCAGUAUCUGAACUCCAUUUCUCGGGGCUAUCGGAGAUCCAAGAACAGUCUUUCCGACCUCCUCAGUUCCAUCAGCUUGUGGCAGAAGGCGCUCAAGGUCAUCGGAGGCAAGUUUGGAACCAGUGUCCUCUCCUAUUUCAACUUCCUGAGGUGGCUUUUGAAGUUCAACAUCUUCUCCUUCGCCUUGAACUUUAGCUUCAUCAUAAUCCCUCAGCUUACUGUGGCUGAAAGGAACACCCUCCAGUUCACCGGGUUGGAAUUUCUCACCGGGGCGGGUUAUUUUACGAAAACAGUGAUGUACUAUGGCUUUUACACCAAUUCUACAAUCAGGCAUCGGAGCAGCGGGCCAUCCUAUGACAUGCAGCUGGCCUAUAUCUUCACAAUCGGAGCAUGGCUGAUUGCCUGCUUCUUCAGUUUGCUUUACAGCAUGGCCAAGUAUUUCCGGAACAGCUUCAUUAACCCUCACAUUUACUCCAGAGGGAUCGCUAAAUUUAUCUUCUGCUGGGACUUCACUGUCACUCACGAAAAAGCUGUGAAGCUCAAGCAGAAGAAUCUCAGCACGGAGAUAAGGGAGAACCUGUCAGAGAUCCUCCAGGAGAAUGUCAAGUUCACAUUCCGCCAGCAGCUGGCCUGCUUUUCUGCUCACGUAGCGGCCUGGCUUGUCUCAGCGGGAGUGGCUGCCGCCUGCUGUGUAGCCGUGUAUUACCUGGCUGAGUACAACUCCGAGUUCCUGAGAACACACAGGGACCCUGGGGCGGUGCUGUUACUGCCUUUUGUGGUGUCCUGCAUCAACCUGAUUGUGCCGCGCUUCUACUCCAUGUUCGGGCUGGUGGAGAGGUACGAGAUGCCCCGGCACGAAGUCUACACCCUCCUGAUCCGAAACAUCUUUUUGAAAAUAUCAGUCAUUGGAAUCCUCUGUUACUCUUGGCUCAACAUUGUGGCGCUAUCUGAUGAAGAGUGCUGGGAAACCUUCAUUGGCCAGGAGAUCUACCGGCUCCUUCUGAUGGAUUUUGUGUUUUCUUUGGCUGAUUCCUUCCUGGGAGAAUUUUUGAGGAGGAUCAUUGGGAUGCGAUUCAUCACAAGUCUGGGCUUACAGGAGUUUGACAUUGCCAGGAAUGUUCUAGAACUGAUCUAUGCACAAACUCUGGUGUGGAUUGGGAUCUUCUUCUGCCCUCUGCUGCCCUUAAUCCAAAUGAUUACUCUCUUCAUCAUGUUUUAUGUCAAAUACAUCAGCCUGAUGAGGAACUUCCAGCCUCCGAGCAAAGCCUGGAGGGCCUCCCAGAUGAUCACGGUCUUCAUCUUCUUGCUCUUCUUCCCCUCCUUCACGGGAGUGCUGUGCACCCUGGCCAUCACCGUCUGGAGAUUGAAGCCUUCAGCUAACUGCGGUCCCUUCCGAGGUGUGCCUCUCUUCAUUCAGUCCAUCUACCUUUGGAUCGACACCCUUCGUAAGAGGUCUGGCUACACGUGGGUGGUCUGGAUCUAUCAGAACCUCAUCAGCAGUGUGCACUUCUUUUUCAUCCUCACUAUCAUCGUGUUAAUCAUCACCUAUCUUUACUGGCAGAUCACAGAGGGAAGGAAGGUUAUGAUCAGGCUGCUCCAUGAACAGAUCAUUAAUGAGGGCAAAGAUAAGAUGUUCCUGAUAGAAAAGUUGACCAAACUGCAGGACAUGGAGAAGAGGGCAAAGCCCAGCACACUUAUUCUGGAAAGGAGAGAGACGGAGCAACAAGGCCCUCUGCAUUUGGGGGAAUGUGAUGCUACUCCUGACCUGCGAUUUAGGCGCUCAGUUCAAGAAGAUAACUUAAAGGCCUGAUGACUAUUGCGGUAGGCAGACACCAAGCCCACAAGAAAAGAAGAUGAAAAUGGGAAAGAUUCUUCCGUAACUGGGCCUUGAGGAGUUUUCGGAAGAAUCCAAGCCUUUCGCUGGGAGGGGAACAUUAACCCACAAU